AUGGCGUCGCGUCCUCAGAAUGUCGGCAUCCUCGCCAUGGAGCUCUACGUCCCACCCAGCUUCGUCUCCCAGACGGAGUUGGAGGUGCACGACGGCGUGAGUGCGGGCAAGUACACCAUCGGGUUGGGGCAGGACGAGCUUGGUUUCUGCUGCGACCAGGAAGACGUCAUCUCCAUGAGCCUGACUGUUGCCCAACGGCUCUUAGAGAAGAACGGCGUAGACGCAUCACGCAUAGGGCGGCUGGAGGUGGGCACAGAGACAGUGAUCGACAAGAGCAAGUCCAUCAAGACCGCCAUCAUGACUCUCUUUGAGGCCAGCGGCAACGCUGACGUGGAGGGCGUUGAUUCGUGCAACGCGUGCUACGGUGGCACGGCUGCGCUGCUGAACAGCGUUAAUUGGGUGGAGGGGUCGUCGUGGGACGGCCGUUUUGCCAUCGUUGUUGCUGUUGACAGCGCUGUGUACGCGGAGGGCCCAGCGCGGCCAACAGGAGGAGCAGGCGCGGUGGCGAUGCUGGUGGGGCCAGACGCGCCCCUGGCAUUCGAGAGUGGGCUGGCGGGCAGCUAUGCCGCCCAUGCGUACGACUUUUACAAGCCCAAACUCGCCAGUGAAUACCCUGUGGUGGACGGCAAGCUAUCUCAGACGUGCUACACUAAGGCGCUCGACCACUGCUACCAACGCUUCUGUGACAAGUACGCCAAGAAGCAUGGCUCUGCGUUCUCACUGGCUGAUACUGAAUCCGUGGUCUUCCACUCUCCCUACAACAAGCUGGUGCAGAAGAGUCUGGCACGGCUAGUGUUCAAUGAUGUGAAGAGGGGAGUGAGCAGCGCAUAUCUGGGUGCAGGAGAGGCGGACGCACUGCAGCCGUUUGUGGGGCUGGAGGAAGAGAAGAGCCUCGUGGACCGAGACCUGGAGAAGACGGCCAUGCGGGUGGCAGGGCCGGUGUACAGCAGCAAGGUGGGCCCCACCACCCUCGUGGGCAAGCGUGUGGGCAACAUGUACUGCGCCUCGCUCUAUGGCAGCCUCUCAUCGCUUCUUGCACAGCAAGGGCAGCAACUGGAGGGCCAUCGCAUAUUGCUCUUCUCGUAUGGCUCUGGCCUCAUGUCCACCCUCUUCUCGCUUACCGUGCGCCAAGCUGCUGACCCAUUCUCCCUCGCCACACUCACCUCUCAUCUGGAUGUGCACCAGCUGCUCGAGUCUCGCACCAAGGUAACACCAGAGGAGUUUGUCAAGACAAUGCAUCUGAUGGAAUCCCGAUACGGUGCAUGCUCCUUCACCCCAGCCACUCCCACAGAUCGCCUUCAGCCCGGCACUUACUACCUCACGCAGGUGGAUGAUUUGUACCGGCGAACGUAUGCGCGGAAAGGUGUAGAUGCUGAUAAGGCAUCUGUUGAUGGCGCAGUUGAGGCUGCUUCAAACGGAGUUGUGGUGUAG